CGCCCUUCAUCACAUCUGCAGUUCCAAUUGCUCGCCAACUCUCCGGAUUGAUCCUCCCAGAUGGAUUCCGUGGUGCUGUUGGCGCAAACCCGAGCCUUGCAGGUGUUCUGUCCGCGUGCGACCGCAACUCUGUCACGAACACGUCUAAGAACACCCAGCACGGCGAUUCUCAGCAACCAUCGUCAAACAUUCGUCCACACCUCCUCCUCCAGGUCUGCGACGUCCGUUCCACACACUGAGAUACAUAGUGCACCUCCCCCCCCUCCAGAGCCAACUCCGUCAGCGUCGGAGGAACGCUUGCGACGGCGCCGCCAGCAAGCUGAGCUUCUCCAGCAGGCGCACAAUGCCAAAGCAAACCCUGCGAAACCUGCAACUGCACUUCGCAAACGAUUCUGGAGACAUGUCUCUGUCAGGCCCACCGAUCAAGGGCUGCAGGUCCAUCUAGAUACGAGGGCGGUGCGGACGGCAAACAAGGAGGUCUUAGUUAUCCCCAAGAAUAAACAUCAACUUGCGAUGGCGAUUGCAUUGGAGUGGGAUCAACUGGUGACGGCGCAGCAAGCACUCAAACAACACUACAUCCCGCUAACGUCUCUGAUAUCGCGCGCGAUUGACAUCGAAACGGCAGAUGCGCGAGGCGACACGCGGGUACGAGAGAGCAUUGUGACGAUGCUUAUGCGCUACUUCACGACCGACACUCUACUGUGCUGGGCGCCAGAGAAGGACAUACACGGGCCUUCAGCUAUGAUGGGCAGAGAAGAGGAGGGGCAGAGUCUACGGGAUCUCCAAAUGCGGGUUGCUACGCCCAUCAUCUCAUAUCUUACGACCCGCGUCUGGCCAGGCAUUGAGAUCAAUCCCGUCCUCGACCCGGACAGCAUUCUUCCUUUACCUCAACCGGCGAUGACACAAGAAAUCAUCCGGGGUUGGAUCACGGGCCUGAAGCCGUACGAACUUGCAGGACUAGAACGAGCAGUUCUAGCGUCCAAGUCAUUCCUGGUUGCCGCACGACUGCUUGUUGAAUGGAGUCAAGAAUUUACUUCUUUGCGCGACGCCGAACCUGCCGAGCGCUUUGGCAUCGAAGAUGCUGCCCAGGCCUGCAGCCUCGAAGUCAGCUGGCAGACGGCCAUGUGGGGUGAGGUCGAUGACACACAUGAUGUUGACAAAGAGGAUUUGAGGAGACAGUUGGGCGCAGCAGUCCUGCUUGUAAAUGGAGAAACGGCAUAGACCAUAGAAUUGUGAAAUGGGUACGAUUUUCGUGUAGAAUAUGUAAUACAUGUACUACCAAUAGAACACUCACAAGCGGAGAGACGGACCUUGCGAAGCACCAUCAGCAAGCACGACGUACUGUUAGCGGGCGUCUGCGUAGCAUGCAAGAGUCGCAUUAAGCUUUUCCCCUGGCAAAGCCUGACGUAGG